AUGGGCAUCGAAAUUGACAUUUCCACCCGGCAAAGCACGUGUUUCCCUGGAGAUGUGAUUCAAGGCACCGUGCGCCUGAACGUGACCGCGAAGGAUGCCGGAUCGCCAGCGGGUUCGCUCGUGAUACGGUUAGUCGGCCUGGCGAAGACUCGCGCCAUGUUCACAGCGACGGGAGUAGUCCCCACCGAAAGUGGCGCGGCUCCGUACACCUACCGUGACACGCUGAGCGAGGAUGUCGAGUUCCUCGGGUACGACGUCCAGCUAGCAGAUUUCGGUGGAAGGGCGGCCUCGGGAGAACACACCUACGACUUCUCCGUGACGCUCCCUCCGAGCUUGCCGGCGUCAAUGAAGGAACAAGGUGGGGGGGGGAGCUGCGCGAUCGCUUACGGGUUCAGAGCACGCCUGCACCGCCCAGGGUUGCUCAACUUCGAUGCCAAGGGAAAGGUGCAGCUGAAGGUGUUGGGCAAGCCGCAGGAGACCAGUGCCAGUUCGCCGGUAGUGGCGGGGCCAGAAGUAAUGGCCGUGAAGAAGUGCUACUGCUUGCAGAGCGGAAGUUGCGUCGCUGAGUCUCGGUCGACAAUGGACUUGGGUCACCGCCACGCCCGAUGGCAGCACGGCGCUCCAACCAACUCGCACGAGUCCAUGAGCUUGGGCUUCCAGGCUGAUCGCUCGGUGGUGGGGCUGAACGAAUCGGUGGGUAUCACAGUAGUGGCGCGGAACGACAGCUCGGUCGCCGUGAAAAAUCUGCGCAUCGAGCUCGUACAGGAGACGUCGUGGACCGCCAACGGCGCCGGUGACGUCAGCACGCGUGCCGUGAAAUCUGUUGUCGUGCCCGGAGCCGAACUGGGGGCCGUUGAAUUCGGAGGCCAGCGAGGACGAAGCGCGGCUGCAAUCGCGGACACGGCUCGGGCAGAUCUCGAGAGUCAGCUCGCGUCUGGGGCCGGCACUCGCUACGAGCUCACGGUCCCCGCCGACACCUCGAUCACCCUGAACUCAGAGACGAUUCAGCCCGGAACCUCCGGCGUGGUGCCGAAGGUACACGAGGAGACGAGCUCGCUCGCACCGUCUUCAACCGCCCGGCCCGUGACGGUGACGGUCCCGCCCAGCGCGGUCAAGCUGGCUUACAACCACGAACAGCCGCGAACGUCGGGUGCUGUCGGCAAAUACUUCUAGUUGGCACCUUGUUUACAGUUUGAUGUCGCGUUGCUGUUUACGUCCGCCGGCUGUGGCGGCGGGUUUGUGACAGCAGCGGUGGUGGGGCUAGCAGCUGGGCAGGUUGUUCCGCGUGAACGUUCUUUUGCAUGAACAACGGGGGUCGUGAUGGACAUCCCGCUGUUCUGUAGUCGCUACUGGCAAUGCGCAUGGGUUGUCGAAGGAGCACGCGCGAGCCACGCAUGGGACAGGGGCGUACAGAGGCACGCCAGUAUAGGGUGUUUGGGUGGUAGCUGCAGUGUCGCCGAUGCACGCAAACGGAAGCUCCCUGCGAUAUAUAGUCAAAUGUCUUUUCUGCGGACCAGAGCGGGACACUCGGGGGAGGGUUGAUGUACGGGACCCGGAUGGUUGGUUGGACCACCUCAUGUUGUGUUUCCGCUGGACUCAAAGGCUUGCAAUCUAAGAAUAGAUGUAGGAUGUAGAUGCGCCGUCAAAACCGGUGUUCUCACUAUCUCGUCCGGAGAGAGCCUUUCGUAAGGUCUUUCACCUCUCGCCGCAAUAGACAGAAGCUGAAAAAUUGCGGCGUAGUGUGGCGUCCUUUAAUAUUCGGGAGAGCGUUGUGCCCCCCCCCUAACCUAUUUGCAGACUUGACGGGGUCGCCUAGGGCUGUAUCGUGCUUAUGCUUGUGACUUUUAUUGAGUCCGGAGGAAGGAAUGUAGUCUUGGGGCCGUGCACAAGGCUCUCACCCGUUUCGGUGCGUUUUACGGUGUACUACGGCGAGACAGCGUGAGAUAUCAUGAUUUAACCGGGAGUUGUUGGCAGUAGGUGUAGCGAGAUGUUGGCCGAGCUGAAAGUG